UUACGCAAAAAUGUUAGUAAAUCACGACAGUCGAAGGUGAGUCUUAGAGGUCACGCAACAUUCAAUUCGACAUUAAGUCGGCUUCUUUCUCCAACAGGGCAGGUGUAUUAGUCAUAAAAUAUGGCUAGUAACCUCAUUCUUGUUGGAAUUGGCUGUACUAUCGUUGGAUUUGCAGGUCGCUAUGCUCUUCGUUAUGGCAAAGUUGCAGGAGAAACUUUAAAAAAACAAAUAGAUUCUUUACCAUCAACAUCUGCAUUUACCUAUAACAAAUAUUACAAAGGUGGUUUUGAACCCAAAAUGUCCAAACGAGAAGCUGGAUUAAUUCUUGGUGUCAGCCCAUCUGUGAGUAAAUCUAAACUUAAAGAAGCCCACAAAAGAAUUAUGCUUUUAAACCAUCCAGACAGAGGUGGAUCUCCAUAUUUAGCAGCUAAAAUCAAUGAAGCUAAAGACUAUUUAGAAAAUAAUAAAAACUAAGUAACUUAAUAACAAGAAAUAUUUGACAUUUUGGAAAUUAUUUCCCAACUGUUACAGUGAUGUUUUUUAUUCAUACUCUGUAGAAAUAAAUAUUUUUUUAAUUAAAAACUUUUUAUUUU